UGAACGCAGCAUUUCUCCAGUCUUAACGGAGCCAUAUGAGGUGAACUUGCUGUUUGCGCGGUCACAUUAGAUGUAUUGUGCUGCUCAGAUUAAGGGCACAUAAGCUAAUAAUGAUAACUGUUGGCUCACUGGCCAGUUAGCUGAUAUACUCUCUCUCGGCGGCGCGUUCAAGGUCCUGUGAGUCAGCAGUGUCCCCAUCUUGGCCGAUGCUGCUGGCUGAUGAUUUCAUUGUUUGCCAUCAUGUCGGAGUCGUUCCGUUAUUUUUAGCUAGCGUGGCUUGCUAGCUCCGCGAGUAGCGGUGAGCGCAGCGUGAAUAAUCAGUCUGUUGUCUGAAAUAAAGAGGGAUGGAGCAGUGGCAGGACGCGGCCUCUCAGCAGCUCAGGCUGCUUACAAGCCGUCUGAAUGAACUGUUGACCAAAGGCCUGGAGUGGCUCCGCUCCGAAUUCGGCGUGGACGUGGGACUGAAGCCGGAGCUUAUUCCGCCAUGGAUAAUCCUCCUUGCGGCAUGCAGCGGGCUACUGCUGAUGGUCGCCCUGUGGGCCUCAGUCUGUCGGACUAUCUUCAGGAAGCGACCAGCUGUAAGUCCUGUGGACGACGGGGUGGAGGGAAAACGGGGAGCCAGUAAGCCCGUGAAAGCGGAGGAACCGAAGAAAAAGAAGAAGAAGGCAGAGAAGAAAGCUCAGCCGAAUGGGAGAGCUGUUGCUGAAGCACAGGAAGGAGCCACAGCGUGCGAGGAGAGAGUGCCACAUCACCAGGCUCCCCCACCGCAAGUCAAGACCGACAAGGUUGCAGAGACAAAGAAGUCCAAAAAGAAGGCCAAACCAGCUGUGAAGGAGACCAAGGCAGCAACUGGGGAUGGCAAAGAACCAGAAGAAGGCACAUGGGAGACCAAGGUCAGCAACAAGGAGAAACGUGAACAGCGCAAGAAAGAUAAGAACUCGAGCGACGGCUCCGCCAGUCCUGGAGGAGGAGACACACCUGUGAACGCUCCGCCGGAGCAGCCCAGAGCCUCCGCGGCGCCACCUGCACCUCCUGCCAGCCAGAAGAAGAAAAAAGGAGAAUCUGCAAAAGCGAAGGCAGAGAAGGCUGAAGCUGCUGUCUCUCAAGCUAACAGCAGCGUGGUGCCGGAGGUGGCCGCUGCCACCGCUGAUAAGGCAGUGAAGGUCGCACCACAGAGCGCUGCUCCAAAGACGAGUUCCUGGACAACCCAGAGGCAAACGGCUUCACUUUGGAGAGCAGGUUCAGAUGAGUCGUGGGCUGUGCCGGUUCCCUCACCAGAACUCAAUCUGGUGUGUCUAAGCGGUCUGGGAGUUCCUCAGGCCCAACCUGUGAGCGACCUGACCUGGCUCAAUCAGCCCAGAGUGGAGGAUGAGUGGUCUGGACUCAAUGGAGGUUCGGCCGACCCCAGCUCUGAUUGGAACGCUCCAUCUGAAGCCUGGGGGAACUACGAGGAGCCCACCGCCGAGCCGGCCCAGCUUCAGGAGCCGCUCCUCCCUGAGCCAGACAAGGCUGCUCUGAUCGCAGCGGCUGAGGAUGAUGAAGAUGAUAAGGACAAAGGUGAUGCCACUACUGAUGGAGCAGCCAAAACUAAAAAGAAGAAAAAGAAGAAGAAGAAGACUUCCGAGGAGGGAGGAACACCUGGCCAGGUGGACGAGCCGACGAAGGAAGCGGAAGCGACACCUGCACCUGCCGUUUCGAUGAAGAAGCCACCACCUGUUCAGGAGAACGCUGCUGCCGUCCAGCCUGUCAAGGCAGCUGCUGUGGAGGCGAGAGGAGAUCGACCCGUGAAGGACACCAUAUCCCAGAAACCCCCUGUCACACAAGUGCCACAGAAGCCAACCGAUGGAGAGCCCGAUGCCAAGCAGAACAACCUUCCUGCUCCGACACAGCAAAAAAAAAAAACCGAGGAGAGCCAAGUGCCCAAACCUGCGAAGAAGAAGAAGGCAAGGAGAGAGACAUGAGACGCCUCCGUAUGCAAGAGACUUCACAUCCUGCUUAUGCAACACCUUCUCUGACAGGGACUUGGAACGACGGUCGCCGUUGACGAACUUUA